AUGUCACUGAUUAUUGCUUUAAUUAUCGGUACAGGUCAUGAAUUAGACGAUGAAAUCGCUUAUCAGUUAGGAAAGCGAGGUGUAUGUGUUUUAUUUUGUUCAAGCAAUGAAAAUAAACUUGAACGAAUAAUAAAGAAGUUGAGAGAUGAAGAUAUCGAAGCCAAAUUUACUGUACUUGAUGCUAUUGAUCUUCAAACCAUUGACAAACUUAUUGAACAAAUUGAUGAUCAGUUUGGCCAAUUAGAUAUAUUAAUUAAUGUUGGAAUAUUACUUAAUCAUGGUCAAUUUAAAAUAAAUAUUAUCUCACGUCAUGGAUUUGAAGCAAAAGAAUUUUUCGAUACAUUGACUGUAUCGCAGGUAUUUAUACCAUUGCUUAAAAAAUCUGCUUCCAGUUGUGUAAUUAAUGUAUAUGGUGAAAUGAGUGACCAUAAUUCUAGAUUGAAAGCAUUGGGUGAAUUAUUUCAUGAUUGUUCGUCAAAAAUAGCAUUACAUAAAUUUAUUGACCAAUUUAAUAAACAAUUUUGUAAUACAAAUAUCAAGAUCAGUUCUGUUACACUUGGCGAUGAUAAGAAUGUUCAAACCAUACAGGAAGAAGCUAGUCGUAUCGUUCAGUUAGCAACUUUAGAUUUUUUUGAACCUUCGAAAUCCAAGACAAUACGUAUUCUUUACGGCAUUGUGGGUGAGGGUUUGGGUCAUGCCACACGAUCCAAAGUCACUCUUGAAAUGCUUAUGAAGGAGCAACAUCAUGUCAAAGCGGUGGUGAGCAAUCGUGCAUAUAAGUUUCUUCAUGACAGCUUUUCAAAUCGAUUCCCACGUUGUGCUGCAGCGAGUGACGGCGAAGCAGCUAUCGAUAUAAUCGAAAUCGAAGGUUUAACAAUGCAAUUUGUUGAUAAUGUAUUUGAUGAAAAAGCUUCAGUACUACAUACAAUGCAACGCAUGCCAAAUAUACUUAACAAAAGCAUUGGUGCAUAUUAUCAGAAUCUAGCUUUUUGGAAGCCUCGGGCUGUUAUUAGUGAUUUUGACAGCUUUGCUUACAUUUUUGCUAAAACACACGGAUUACCAAUCCUGUCGAUCGACAAUCAACACGUUGUGAAACGAUGCUUAAUUCCAGAAGAAGCUAGAGAGUCCAAUCCAAAAGCAUUCAACACAUACAAAGGUUUUGUCAAUGCAAAACUUCCACGCUGUGAUCAAUACAUUAUUACUGGUUUCUUUACUCCCGCGAUUCGUGACAAGUACAAAACUAAAACUGUGCUUGUUCCUCCAAUUCUUCGCCAGGCUAUUCUUGACGCAAAGCCAUUACCAGCUGAACAUGGUGAACAUUUUCUUGUUUACCAAAGUAGCAAAAGUGACACGUCACUAAUCUCUACUUUACAAGCCUUUGGAGAAAAAUGUAUCAUUUAUGGGCUCGGCCGAGAAGAAAAAAUAGAUAAUCUAGAAUUCAAAGGGUUUUCUGAACAAGGAUUUGUAGACGAUUUGGCACGUGCAAAAGGUGUCAUUGCUAAUGGUGGACUUUCUCUUAUGAACGAAGCAGUCAGCUUGCAGCGGCCAUUUUUCAGUGUACCCGUCGAGAAUCAGUAUGAGCAAGUGCUUAACGCAUGGUACUUGGAAAAGCUAGGUUAUGGCGUCUUUGUCGAUAAAAUAGAGCUUGAACCACUUCAAAAAUGGGCACAAAACAUUCCACAAUAUGCAAAAGCACUUUCAAACUAUCAUCAUGAUUCAAACAUGCAACUGUACAAGACGGUGAAAACAUUUCUCGAAGAAUGCAAUAGAAGAUUUAUAUGGUGGGAUCCAUUAAAGUGUAUUAAAUGA